UCUAAAUUUUAUAGUGUAAUUAUUAGAUAGUAAAUCUCCUACUCGUGUAACAAUGUAUGGAUUACCUAAUCUUUGGCUGUAGCAAUCAAUGGUCGCGUACGAUUAAUAGCGUGAUGAACUGAGGUUAAACAUUGUAUCAUGAAUUAAACAAAACAUACUUGAUUGUUAGUCUUAAUAUAAAGAAUAUCUGUAAGACAACGAAACGUAAAAUCUGAAAUAAGUCGAAUAAAAACCGAAAAGCUACAAAUUAUUUCAAUCUAUUAAAACAAUAGCAGACCAAACAUGUCAGAAGAGAAGUUUGAAAGUUCAAUCGAUAAAACAGAUGAGGCACAAACUGAAUCUAUUGAAGAUAAGAUAAAAAUAAAAACAGAUGAUAAAGGUAAACAAAAACAUAAAACAGAUGAUAUUUCUGAGAAAUCUAACGGUCGAACAAAUAACAAUGAAAGUGGAAAUUGUUACUGUGGGAAGGAAAGAAACCUCAACAUUGUAGAAUUACUAUGCGCUAGCUGUUCCAGAUGGUUUCAUGAAUCUUGUAUUGGAUAUCAGCUGGGCAAAUUAGUACCCUUUAUGAUGAAUUAUAUUUUCAUGUGUAAAAAUUGUUCUCCAACGGGUUUAGAAAGUUUUAAAAAGAAUCAAGCACCAUUUCCACAAAUGUGUGUAACGGCAAUAGCAAACUUGCUACAAAUGUCACAAAAGGAAAGUGACACGAGAACUAUUUUUCAUAAGGAUAAAGAUAUUAUUCCCUUCAUCGAAUGUCAUUGGGAUAGUAUGACUACCAUGCCACGCAGAGUCACUCAAUCUUGGCAUGCUACUAUACACAGAGCUCUAUUGAAAGAUGUUGGAGCACUAUUCACUAUUGAUGAAAGUACUACAGAUGGUCAAUUAUUUGGACUUGUAUGUUCUGAUUUAUUAAUGAUCAAACCAAAUUAUGAAGCUAUGAUUAAAGGUGGUCAUCUAAAAGUAACUGAGAUGGGUGUGCAACAUGUUGUGCCACUUAGCGGAGGACUUCGGGGUCGCAAUGCGAAGCGUAAAUUUCCCGGAGAAGGAGCAGGCAGCGGACCAGGCAAAAAAGGAAGAGGUUCAGAUAUGACUGCUCCUAAAUUACCUGCUCAUGGAUAUCCUCUUGAACAUCCGUUUAACAAAGAUGGAUAUAGAUAUAUUCUUGCAGAACCUGAUCCUCAUGCACCAUUUAGACAGGAAUUCGACGAAAGUAGCGACUGGGCAGGAAAACCUAUUCCUGGAUGGCUAUAUAGAGGUUUAAGUCCAAGUACAGUCUUACUUGCAUUACAUGACAGAGCUCCACAGCUUAGAGUUUCAGAAGAUAGAUUGGCAGUCACAGGCGAAAAGGGCUAUUGCAUGGUCAGGGCUACUCAUAAUGUAAGUAGGGGAGCAUGGUAUUGGGAAGCCACUAUUGAAGAAAUGCCAGAAGGAUCAGCUACCAGAUUGGGAUGGGGUCAAGAAUAUGCUAAUUUGCAGGCUCCACUUGGUUAUGAUAAAUUUGGAUAUUCUUGGAGAUCUAGAAAAGGUACACGAUUUCAUGAAAGUAGAGGAAAACAUUACAGUAGUGCUUAUGGAGAAGGUGACACUUUAGGGUUCCUAAUAAUUUUACCUGAUACACAUGAUGCAUCACACUUACCUAAUACAUAUAAAGAUCGACCUUUAGUAAAAUUUAAAAGUCAUCUUUACUAUGAAGAAAAGGAUCAAGUACCUGAAGCACUUAAGGCUCUAAAACCUCUAGAAGGCAGUAAAAUUGUAUUUUAUAAAAAUGGCGUCAGUCAGGGCGAAGCGUUUCUCGACAUCAAUAAAGGAGCCUAUUAUCCUACAGUUUCUAUUCAUAAAAGUGCUACAGUUUCUGUAAACUUUGGGCCAAAUUUUAAAUGUUCACCUGCUGAUAUUACUUUUAGAGGGAUGUUCGAUAGAGCAGAAGAAGCCAUAGCUGAACAAUCUCUUGCUGAUGUACUUUAUUUCACAGAAAAUGAGGGGAAGCUAAGACUGGAUAAUUUUGCUUUAUGACAUUAAUGUAACUUUUUAUUUCGUUUUUUACUCUUAAUUUACGAUUUUCAUUAAAUAUUUUUCACGAAACGUACUAAUUUGAAUUUAAAAAUUUGUAGCUUGGUUUUUUUAACUUUGGCUACUACCUAAAACAGAAUAUAUAACUAAAAUACCUAUUUUAUAUAGAGUGACAUACAAAUCGAAAGUGAAGUAUAAUCAUACUUUUAUUACAUGAUUUUAAAGAAUCAUCUUCCAAAACCUCCCCUACAAGCUGGACUUGGAGUAAUUUUACUGUUGUCUUCCCACUGAUCUGGCGUUUUCGCCUUUAAAACGAAGUAGUAAAUUUUUCGAGUUAUAUUUGACUAUAUUCAUCAAAUUACAUUAACCUACAUAUUUUUUAAAAAUAGUUCAAGUACUUACUACUAUUGAUAAUGCAUGCACUCCGCUUUUCAAUUCAGCUUGCAGUAUGUUAUUUAUCAUUUGAUGGCGCUAAUUAAAUAAAAUUAUAUUUUUUGUUUAUUUUUCAAUUAAUACUUAGAGCAAAAUAUGUUCAAAGAUUCAGUUACAUUAUCUCUAAUGUGUAUUUUUUUUAAUUUCUUUCCUCUAUUUACAACAAUUUUUGUAUAUACAAGGCAAUUGCUUGUAUUACUAAAUGAGCUCAAGUAUAUCUAGUGAAAAACUGAAGUAUUGCUAACAAAUGCCUAAAAGUUGACUUUACAUAUAAUUGAACAAAGGGUUACCUUUAAAAUCCUUACCUUGAGAAGUGGUUUAUCUAUAAAUAAGGUGGAUACAACAACUACUUUGAAAUGUGUCUCAGAUCCUUUGGGUACAUUAUGCAUAUAAGACUCAUUUAUUACUUCAAUAUGAUAUGGAUUUAAAGAAUGCAUUAGUUUCUUCCUUAUUGAUAGUUCUAUUGGAUUAUCUUGUGUAACAGAACUCAUAUUUUGCAAAGAAACAAAUAUAUUUUUACACCUGGCAUAGGAAAAUUGUCUAAAACUAUCUGUAAAAUUAAACACAUUAUAAGAUUUAUAAAUAACAUAAAGGUGCAUUUAGAUUAAAAUAACUAAAUAUUUUAGCUGAAUUUUAUAAAAAAAUUCCUUAAUAAAUAUGUAGAAUGAAUGCAACAUUACUAAUUAGAUUAUAAAUGUUUAUGCAAUUUCACACUUUUAUGGACUACAAAAAAUAGAAAUUGAACUAAAAUUUAUGUUCAAUUUAAUUCUUAUCAGAUUAAAAAUUGAAUCCUAUUAUGAUGUAACAAGAAUUAUGCCAAAAAUAUGUAUAAGUCUGUUUUAUAUAAAAAAUAAGUGCAUAUACUAUUUAAAUAUAUACUUAACUAGGAUAUUUUCCUUUACAUGUUAAGGUAAUGUAGUAAAUAAUUGAUACGCAAAUAAGGAAGUGUAAAAAAUGACUUAACCUAUAUUUCUUAAUUGAUACAUAAUACUAUAACUCAUACAAGUCAACCAAAAUUCGUGAGAUAACAAUUGAAAUUACAUAGUGAAUCACUUACUUUUGGCUAUUGAAAUUGUUUUAUACAUUUAUUAAUAAGAUACUUUGCACGAAGGUAUUGUUUGACAGAAUACGUUUCAUGCACUGUAAACGUUUUACUCAAUCACGUGAUACGAAAUAACAUAUGAUGUAUUGACAUUUAAUAAUUUCGAAACAAUCUAAUAGACUUUUACGCAGAUGAUUAACACCUUCCACAAUUUUUUAUAUAAACGCACUUAUUAUUAUAUUCUGCUAAAAUUGAUAAAACAAAAAUGCUCGUAAACUUUUAUUUCAGAUAUUUUUUUGUGAAAGGGGUAUCGCAGUAAGGUAUUAAUUUAUUUAAAUUUGUACUUAUCUUGCUCAAACUAAACUAACGCAAUAGAUCUACGUAUGUAUGUAAGUAGUACGUCGUAACCAAGAACAAGUUUUGUUUUAAAAAUAUUUAAGCGUGAAGUGUAUCAUUUCAUACGUACUUACAUAUUUGUAUACACUGAUAUUAUAAUAAUUAAAAAAUUUACAGUAAAGCUAAAGUGUGUAAAAAAUUAUGAAAUUCGGAAGAAUGCUAAGAAUAAAUCUAAUUAAAAAUCUAGAAAAUUAUGUUCAUUUUAUUAAAUUUGUUAACUUGUAUUGAACGGUACCUUUCUAUUUACAUUUUACAUACAAUAACUGAGAAGUUCCUUGAGAAGAAUUAUUAAUGUAUAACUUUGAAUAAUGUGAUUGAAUAGCAGGAUUAAAUACUUUAUUUAUUUAAAAUCAUAUAAUUGGUAUUCUACACAGUCGUCCUGCAUAAUAGAUUAAACGAUAUGAAUUUUUUAAAUACUUUUUCCUAUUAUUAUCAUUAGAGUCAAUCAAAUUUAUGUUUUACUGUUCGUGUAUUACGUCAAUUUUCCUAAUUUUAAAGGUAUGACACAUAACACAAUAAACGACGUAGACUAAACGUAAGACCAUGAUGAAUCGACGUUUUGAAAUAAUAAAUUCAUAUUACAUACAUACGUUACCUUCAACCGUUAUGAAGUACUGUUAGCUGAAUUUCCAAACGUUUCCACGAAUGUUUCUGUUAUGAAUUCUUCGAUUUUAGUUUUUCAAAAUAUUUUUGCACAUAAAAUAGACGGGUGCAUAUCAUAAAAUGCUAUGCUACAAAAAGUAUCCGAUGUUAUGUCUACAGUUAGCAGAUGAAACAACAUACGUUACAUAUUGUCGCUUCUAAGAUACCGCGCUUGAAAAUAAAAAAGAUAAACUAAAUUUUUUGAAAACAAUUUUUCUUUUAAUUACAGACAAAUAUCCAACCUCGAAAUUACGAUUGAAAUCUCAUGUUCACAUUUGAAUUCAAAUUCUGAUACAACACUUAUGUUGGUUUGUUUUGAAGCCCCAGACAACGAUCGUUACGUUAUACUGAUUGUGUACGUAUCUGCCUUAAAAAAAAUUCCACGACGAUUCUAUGAUGUUUGAUCUUCUAAAUUUCGGUUCAAAAUUAUUUGUAAUUCGACAAAGGUGUAUUUCGUGUUUCCAAAUUAGUUACUUCAUUGUAAAUAAAAAACGUAAGUUUAAGAUUACAAAAUACAUUGAAUUUACUUUAAAUAUUAUAUACAUAGCGUGGAUAAAAAUUAAUCGAGCGUAGUCAAUGUUAAAAAAUAUAUAUACAUGUAUACACGUUUUUAUUUUUAAAACUCAAAUGCUAACGCUGUAAAACAGAGAAGUCAAUAAAGUCGUGAAAUCGCCGCAAAAUUGUGUAGUCAUUCCGGCAUGUCCAUAUACACGCGAUGGAAACUCUCACUAAAGUCCUUCAGGAAAAGUGGAACAUUCGCAAAAUUUACGGUCAAUUAGAGUCUACCGUACAAGGAACGAUAUUUUUGAAAAAAAUAUGCGAUUUUAUUACGAGAAACGCCAAGUUGAUCGACAGAAGUAUGAAGUGGUUGUAUUAAAUACACUGACUCAUUUUUUGAAGGGGAAAUCCACCGGUGUACGUCACGUGUAAUAAUUCUGACAAUUUUAUGAUUACGAUUCGCUUAAGAUAUCAGGAGGAAUCAAGAACCGUAUUAAUGACGAUUUACAAGUGACUAACGAUUUGAACGACAUUUUUCGUAGAAAGAGUUUACUGUUCGUUAAACGUAUGAAUUUAUUCUAUGAAAAAUAA